AGCCCAUUAGGGUUAACGUUAUGAUAUAUUUGAAGAGUCACAUUCGAUUUCUGUUGAGUGUUGGACGCUGCCGAAACCCUUCCCAAACCCUAAGGUAAGUGAGUAAUCGGUGGUUGAGAAUGGUGGAGAAGGCGAAGGGAAGGAAGGAGGAGGUGGUUACCAGAGAGUACACCAUUAACCUCCACAAGCGCCUCCAUGGCUGCACGUUUAAGAAGAAGGCUCCUAAAGCGAUUAAGGAGAUAAGGAAGUUUGCCCAGAAGGCCAUGGGAACCAAUGAUGUGAGGGUUGAUGUGAAGCUGAACAAGUUCGUCUGGAGUCAGGGAAUCAGGAGUGUUCCAAGGAGAAUUAGGGUAAGAAUUGCACGCAAGAGGAAUGAUGAUGAAGAUGCCAAGGAAGAGCUAUACUCCCUUGUUACUGUUGUUGAAGUCCCUAAGGAAGAGCUCAAGGGUUUGGGCACCAAGGUUAUUGAUGACGAAGAUUGAUUUGUUUCUGUUUGAACUCGGAGACAUAUAUGUAGUUUUUUUGUUUCUGCUAUUCGGUCUUGUUUUUUCUAGAUUAUCAAAUUACUCCUAAUUUUAUUGGGUUACUUUGAAUUUUGUUGAGACGUAAUGUGGUUUGGUAAUAUCAAUUUAGUUUUUGCUUC